UUGUGAAUAGCCAGGUCAACGGCCGCUCCCUCCGAAAUGACGGUCAUAAACAGCCUGGCCCCGUGGACAGAGAAGCCCCGGUGGCUUUAGAGACAGCCCCGGUCCUCUUAUGUGGAGCCGGUGCCGGGUGGCCUCUCUAUCCGGUCCAGCUCUGUGCUCUGAAUCCUCUGCAGUCUGAUCGGCAAAGUGUCUUGGCAUCACUUCUCCUUCCUUUGGUGUCCAUUCCGGCGUCAUGUGAGACGGGGUUCACGGUGGUCUCUCUCGCCCUAGAGCUGACCCAGCGCAUCCGUCAGUGCCGACGUCCUCAGGCCCCGGUCGCCGUGUCCCGGUGGGGUAGUGUCCCCGUCCCCGCUGUCCUCCGCUGUCCCCGGUUCAUCCCGCAUCCUUCGGCGUGCGUGCGGCGGAGGAUGAGCGAGCAAGGGAAGGGCUCGACGUCCGCCUCUGCCGCGGCCCCGGCUCCGGGCUCGGACACUUACAAAGGCUGGCUUUUUAAGUGGACCAACUAUUUGAAAGGAUACCAGCGGCGAUGGUUUGUCCUCAGCAACGGCCUGCUGUCGUAUUACAGAUCGGUGGAUUUGUGUUUUAUGAGGAUAUGUGCACGGGGGACUGACAGGACGCAGGCAGAGAUGGCCCAUACGUGCCGCGGAACAAUCAACUUGGCCACGGCACACAUCGACACAGAGGACGCCUGCAAUAUUGUCCUGAGCAGUGGUGGCCGCACGUACCACCUGAAGGCUAGCACAGAAGUGGAGCGACAGAGAUGGGUCACGGCUCUGGAGUUGGCUAAGGCCAAAGCCAUCCGCAUGAUGAACGAUCAGUCUGAUGACUCGGGGGACGAGGAGCCGGCAUCCCAGUCGGACCGCAGCGAGAUUCAGGGCACCCUGAAGAUACUUGUCAGCAAGCUCGAUGACCUCAGCACAUGCAAUGACCUGAUCGCAAAGCACGGGGCGGCCCUGCAGCGCUCCCUGAGUGAACUUGAAGGUCUGAAGGUCCCCGUGGAGGGAGGGGAGAAGAUCAAGGCAGUCAACGAGCGAGCCACCCUCUUCCGCAUCACUUCCAAUGCUAUGAUCAAUGCGUGUCGAGACUUUUUGGACCUAGCAGAGACUCACAGCAGGAGAUGGCAGCGGGCUCUGCAGUAUGAGCGAGAGCAGCGUACCCACUUAGAGGAGACCAUUGAGCAGCUAGCCAAGCAGCACAACAGCCUGGAGCGAGCGUGGAGAGCAGCACCCACGCUGGUUUCCACCUCACUCAGCGCCCCGACCACCAACAAGGGGCGGAGUGAGAGGCUGCACAAAGAAGAGGCGAGUGAUGAAGAUGAGGAUACUGAGUUCUUUGAUGCCAUGGAGGAUUCCCCUGCAUUUAUCACAGUGACCGCCACUGAGAACUCACAGCACAGGCGUUCUCAGAGUAAUUUGAGUGGAGCAAGCGGAGGUCAGCCCAAUGACUGGAACCAGGACGAUCAUAUGUCUCCAAGCUGUAACGAUGUGUCAGGGAAAGAGCUUCAGCCUCGCAGACAGAGGCGCACACAUGUCCCAGACAAGCCCAACUACUCCCUCAAUUUGUGGAGCAUCAUGAAGAACUGCAUCGGCAAGGAGCUCUCCAAAAUUCCCAUGCCUGUGAACUUCAACGAGCCUCUGUCGAUGCUGCAGCGCCUCACUGAGGACCUGGAGUAUCAUGAGCUUCUGGACAAGGCGGCGCGCUGCGACUCCUCCCUGGAGCAGAUGUGCCUGGUCGCUGCCUUCUCCAUCUCGUCCUACUCCACCACGGUCCACCGGACAGCCAAGCCCUUCAACCCCCUCCUGGGUGAGACCUAUGAGCUCGAUCGAAGGGAGGAGUUCGGCUACCGCUCGCUGUGUGAGCAGGUGAGCCAUCACCCCCCUGCAGCUGCACAUCAUGUGAUUUCCCAACGAGGCUGGACCCUGUGGCAGGAAAUCACCAUCGCCAGCAAGUUCCGUGGCAAAUACCUCUCCAUAAUGCCUCUGGGUGCCAUUCACCUGCAAUUCCACUCCAGUGGGAACCAAUACGUGUGGAGAAAGGUCACCUCCACAGUGCACAACAUCAUAGUGGGCAAGCUGUGGAUUGACCAGUCGGGGGACAUUGAGAUUGUGAACCACAGGACCAAGGAGACCUGCCAACUCAAGUUUUCUCCCUACAGUUAUUUUUCCAGGGACGUUCCACGGAAGGUAACGGGUGUAGUGGCAGACAGUGGGGGUCAGGCUCACUACAUCCUCUCUGGUACGUGGGAUGAUAAAAUUGAGAGUGCCAAGAUCAUCCAGAGCAGCCGAGGGGGCAGCGGAUCAGAGGGCAAGCAGAAGACGGUCUAUCAGACGCUGUCUCCCAAGCUGCUGUGGAAGAAAUACCCUCUCCCGGAGAACGCUGAGAACAUGUACUACUUCUCAGCGCUGGCACUGACCCUCAACGAGCAGGAGGACGGAGUGGGACUGACCGACAGCCGUCUGAGACCAGACCAGAAGCUAAUGGAGGAAGGGAGAUGGGAUGAGGCAAACUCAGAAAAACAGAGGCUCGAGGAGAAACAAAGAGCCGUGAGGAGGAGGAGAGAAGCAGAGGCCUCAGAUGCUCUGGAUGAAGGGAAAGAAUACGAAGGCUACCAGCCGUUGUGGUUUCACCAGAGGAGGGACUCAGUCACUGGAGAAACAAACUUUGUGUACAAGGGAGGCUACUGGGAGGCAAAGGAGAGAAAGGACUGGAGCAUGUGUCCUAACAUCUUCUAACCCAGGAACAGCCCGGAUCACACCUAACCUCAUCGCACAGGGAUCUGCUCUGCCUCUGGUCCUUCAGCAAUGGGGCUCAGCACCAUGUGGACCUGUGGUGAGCGUGAGAAUGUGUAUGUUUCACACACGCUGGGAUUACCUCCAAAAUGUACGCUCUCACUCUGUUUUCACUAUGGGGGAAAAGAAGGGGCGCCCCCUGAGUCUUUGACACUGUACUGAAACAGCAGUGAGAUAAUGUGUGGAUGUGGGUCGGUGUUGGAGUUGUGGCACCGCAAAAACAGAAGGCAUCUGCACACUCCUGAGAUCAGGUGAUCCAUGAAUCUUACUCACAAUGCACUUUUCUGUAUUCACCCGAUUUAAGAGUUUUUACCGAUUUGGACAGAGACCCAUAUCAAUAAUCUCUGGAUUAUAGACUGCCAACUAACAGGGACAACAUCAUAAACAGGCACAUAGAAGCAGAAUACUGUGGAACACACAGUAUUUCAGGGGUUACUUUGAAAAGUGUCCUCAUACUUUGUAUUAUUCAGCACAAUUGAGAUUACGCCAGACUUCCUUCAUAAAUAUUAAAUUUGUUCCCUUGUUUUCUUUACGGGAAUGCUCAUUAUUUUCCAUUUCAGAAAGAAGCUAAAGCAUAAAAAUGGCAUCUGGAAAAGUAUGCCUGUUAGAUUUAGACACAAAGUGAUUAGAUGAAGAAGACAUUCUGAGGAAAAAAAAACACAUUUAUAUUGAUAACUACAGACAAAAUAGGUAACAUAACCUUGUGAGAUUUUUAUUUUUUAAAGCAUACACGUUAUUUUGUGCUGCUUAUUUUUGUGGCAAGUCAGUUUUAUUACUUUGUUAUUUAUUGUGAUCCUAUUUUAUAUUUCCUUUUUAUACAUAAAGUUUUAAGACAAACAGUAUGUGAUUGGCUUUGAUCGGAUUGAGCUGAAAAAUUACAUAAAUACACAUAAAACGUAAACAUAAAUACAUUUUGGAAAAAGGACACAAUUCUGGAAAUAAAUAAAUAAAACUGGCCCGUAAUUAUGUCAUGAAACUAAGUAUGACAAAAAAACUUUCAGAAUAACGAGCUGUGUUUUUAAAAAAACAUUCAGUUUUAUGGUUCUAUUAUAUAUUUUUAUCUGUAUUUAUCAAUUUGAUUGUUAACUGCAUAAUGUCUUAUUUAGAUAAUCUGUAACAUGUUGGGUCUCCAUAAACAAUUAUAUUAAUAUUGGAUAGGGCAAACCUUCUUUCUUCUAUUUGGUGUGAAUGUGGGAGUUUCCAAUUAGACUAGAGUCCAUAUAGUCAAUUAGACUAGAGUCCAUAUAGAGAUAAUAUGGCAAAUUAUUCAUUUCAUAUGUUGAAUAUGAAUUGCAUCUGUGCUUCAAUGCAUUUUAGUCAUCUAAAUAGGCUUCAGACAUCUUCCAUUCGUGAUUCUGAUUAGUAAAAGUCUGCAGUAGGCCUUGUGAGUCCCGUAGUUGAAACGCAUUAGUGCAACCAGUCACACAUUGAAUAUCCAUAUCACUCUAAUCUCCGUUCUGAACUAGCACUUUGCACUGUGGUAGAUCAUACAUUAGUACAUAUAUGUCUGUGUUGAUGUUGAGACAGUUUCACUCUGUACAUGUACUUUACCUUGUCUUCUGGUGCUCUCCAAUAGCAACGCAUACUAUCCUUGGUGACCAUUUCUCAGUGAUCAUGCAGAAUUAUAGUAAGUUUGCACCAAAGACAUUUAAAUGUGAGUACCUCCCAGUACACACAGGAACAUGUUGGUUUCUACAGUGCACGAGCUCCACAAAAUCCAUCAGUCACUGGUUUGGAGCUACGUGAGGCUGGAGCGGCUUCUCUGAGGAGGCCAGAGUGGCUCCAGCUGACAGGAGGUCAAAGGUUAGAGAAGCUGACGGGGCUGGUUCCUGUCGCACACCUCUGCAAUCAGCUCCAGCCACAGAUGCCCCCCCCCACAGCUCACACAUGUAGUCCUUUCAUUCAGUGUGUGUGGACAUGCUGAUCUGGGAUCAGCUCACGAAGGUACCCCUCAAUCUUUUGCUUUUAAUUGACUGAGUAAGGGAUAGCUCCCUGACCCGUGCACUACAUGUCUACGGAGACAAGAGUUUUGAAACAGUUUUGUAAUUAUUAUUAGGAAUGUAGAUUUCAAGGCUGGAGGUAUUGUAUCUACCAUCUAGUCUAUUUGUGUGAAUAUUUUGUGAUACAUAUUGUAAAAUGAAGAAUAGUUAUACUAAUCUGAGCAUUAUGGUAUGUGCAGUCCAAAUCUGAAAACAAAUUGACUGAAGAGCCUGAAGGAUUUGCAGUCAUUUUAAUUUUUAAUCCAGAUUGAUUCUGAGUGGAUGGAUGUUAACUCUUAGGCAACUUCAACCAAACCUAGCUACAGAUUUCUUGUUUUAUAUUUUAAAAAACUGUGUUAAAACACUGAACAUAUUUUUUAUAGAGUCCUUGAAAUGAGCACAUUAGUAACCGUGGUUCAGUGAUGCUUUCAUAGUUCAACACAUCUGGCAGUUCCCCUGAUGUGCAGGCCAUCAAGAUGUAUACAAUGCACUGGAAAAUGAAUCAAUUCACACAGAGUGAAUAUCAUCAGUUUGAUCAUGUGAUCUGCUAAGAUUCUUUAUCUGUGAAUUAAUGACGAUUGUUUGAACACUCACUAAAUCUCAUGUCCAGAAUGACGUGCUUAAAGAAUAAGUCAACAUUUUUGGAAAAACACUUAUUUACUUGCUUUUGUCAAACGUCGAGUGGUCCAUUUCGGCUCCAAAAAUGUAUAGCUGUUCCUUUUACUUCACUAAUUACUGCUUCGGUUCUCUUCUUAUCCAUUUUUACACAGACUGCAACAUCUACUCCCGUGUACAACGAUGCAAGCUUUUGGUCGAGGUUGUGUACACUUAAAAUCAUAACAAGGGUGUCACAUAUAUGGAUGGACACUGUUGCAGCAAGAGGUUUAAUUCUUGCCAUCUUGAAAAUUGUACAGUUCAAUCUGUAUCAUGGCGGAGAAGAAAUUGUACAAGAAGUGUGUUAGUGCGUGAUUUCUUUUCUUAGCGAUCAAUUUGAAGUUACUAGAGAUUAACUUACAUAUAUUGUGUUUGAGAUGAUUUUAUAUUUGAGAAAAACGUGUUGUAUUUUGAACGAUGACAGCGAGCUCACCAUAAGUUUCAAUCGGUACAUUUCCAGAUCACAUGACCUCAGUACUUGAUGGUGACUUGCCUCCUGAAGUUGCCCCAGCGGGGGUCUGUACGACAUCGGACAGCUGUAGCAAUAACGCAGUGACAUGUAGUGGUGUUAGCUCGUGGCUGUUGUUGCUGAAACAAAACAGUUGUCUGCUUCAUGCAGAAAGGGGACAAAAAACAACCAAAGUGUAUGUGGAGAGUGUACUGUGGACUAAAAAUAACCUCAUCAUUUGCCUUCCCUUUCUGGGAGGGUUCGGCUGUAAAUCCCCUCUCAUUGGUUCUCUCAUUUCAUCUCACUUAAUUCACUAAGGUGUGAUUAUUUUUAAGCUUAAUUUUUACUUUUAUUUUCUGAUUUCUACCUUCUCAUGGGUGCCAUUAUUCUAAUGUUGGUGUUUAGUUUUUUUAAAUACUGUUUGUAUGCACAAUGAGGUUGAUGUGUGUGUGUGUGCACGCGAGGCACACGGUUCCUUCUCAUUCGAUGCUGCUCCGUUAUGAAGCAGAAGCAAACUCAUACAAUAUGGGGAGAUUUUCUUGCCUUGUCCAAAUUUAACCCGGUUUCUUCUCGGACUGUGGCUCGUGGCUUUGUUGUGAGAUGGUGAUGUUAACAAUCUGUAUGAUGAUGAAGGUUAUGAGACAUCACAACAGUGGCCUGGUACUAGAGGUCAAAGGUGAUUGACCUGCCUUGACUACUACUCUUACUCCCUAAAUACAUGUAAGUGUUUUCAGGUGAAACUGCAGAUUCAACUGAGGUUUUGUUUCUUUUUUUUUUUAAAUUGUGUAUUUUCUCCCUUAAUUUGUACUUGUAUAACAUUGUCUUUAAAUGACAAAGACACGAUAAUGAAAAAAGAAGAUAAUAAAGUUGUUAUUGUUGACAGUG